UCGCUGCAUUUACUCAGUCGUUGCCAAUUUAUCCAUCCAGAUAGCCAGACGGAGAAGAUGUCAGCACCUCAGAAGAAUCACCACGAAGAGGAGGAUCUUGACGACCUUGAUGACGUCCUCGAUCAGUUCAGCUCCAAGCCAUCGGCUUCCACUCAACAAGCGGCGAAGGGCGCACAAGGCGCAGCCAAGCCCUCAGGAUCUCAAACACAAGGCGUUGCAUCCUCUGACCCAACCAGUCAAUCAAAGAAAAUCGGAACCGACGAAGCUGAGGAUGAUGAUGGCCUCCCAUCCGGCUUCGACGAUGCACUCUCAAAGCAAUUUGCCGCCGAGCUAGCAAAAGGCAUGGAGGACAUGUUCGGCAAUGCAGCAGCCGCUGGACCCUCAACACGAAAGGAAGCUGCGGGAAGUGAGAGGUCGACCAAGGAUACUGGCGUCUCAGGCGAGCCAGAGAUGAGCGAAGAGGAGAUGAUGAAGCAAUUUGAGAAGAUCAUGGCAGAAAUGGGUAUGGGUGAGGGAGGCCCGUCAGCAGACACAAGAGGCAGCGCUUCAGCAUCUGCAUCGGGCCCUCAGCCGCCUCAGCAAGCUGCCGACUUCCAAGAUGCCAUCAAGUCGACCAUGUCCCGCUUGAAGCAGUCUUCUGCUCAGGGCGGAGGAGCAGGAGGUGCCAACCCAUUCGGCGACUUCAGCGAAGACGACAUGGCCAAGCUCCUCUCCAGCCUUGGCGGUGGUGAGGGAGGAGAGAUGCCUGAAGGCGAGGAGGGGAUGGCCAAGAUGCUCGAGAAGAUGAUGGGAGAGCUGAUGAGCAAGGAAGUCCUGUAUGAGCCCUUGAAGGAGUUGAGGGACAAGUAUCCUUCCUACCUUGCCGCGCCUCCAGCAGACGUCAAGCCAGAAGACUUGGCUCGCUACAGGGAUCAACAUCGCAUCGUCUCGCAAGUCAUCGAGACGUUCGACGACGUCAAGUUCGACAAUGGCAGCGAGAGCGAGAAGAAGGCUCUCAAGGAACGUGUGUCGAGCCUGAUGAACGAGAUGCAAGAGGGUGGAGCUCCCCCACCCGAAGUGGCAGGCGAGAUGCCCGAAGGCUUGGAUGGGAUUCCAGGUCUCGGUGGCAAUGGAGGACCGGGCAAUGAAGAGGAUUGCGUCGUCAUGUAUGCAGAUGGGUCACCCAAUCGCCCGUGGAGGCUAAGCCAACAGCUCAAGGGCCACACGUCAGAUGUCAAGGCCGUCCACUGCGCCGUCGUCAAGAGCAAAAAUGAAGGGAAACAGACGAGGCAAGUCAUCUUGACCGUCUCGAGAGACUCGACAGCGAGAGUUUGGAGUCGGGACCUUGAGAGAAAAGGGGCCUGGGAGCAAGGACCGACCUUGGAAGGAGGCGGGCGAUACCUCAAUGCUGUCGUCUUGGUGCCGCGGAGGGAUGAUCAAGAAGAAGGCGAGCAGAAGAGGUGCCGGGAGAAACAUUACAUCCAAGCUGACUUGCACCUCUACGAUCACCACCGCUGUCUAGACGGGCUCAUUCGUUCGUUCCCUCUGCCCUUCGACACCCUCCUCCAACCUGGGCGCAUCACCGAACCGAUGCAGAUCAUUGAAGAGCACUACGGUAACGUCACCUCUCUCCGAUAUUUUGACGAGCUACUGCUUUCAGCAUCGUGGGACACAACAGCGCGCAGCUACAGGCGAGAUCGCAAGGGCAAGUGGCAUCGCCUUCACCUCUUGAAGGGACAUGAGAGCGCUGUUUGGGGCAUCGAGGUCCUUGAUGCCAAAGAGGGUGCCGAGAGGUAUUUGACUGCUAGUGCCGACUUGUUUGUGCGGCUUUUCGAGGCGAAUGAGUGCAAAGUAGUGUGGGAGGGGCAUAGAGAUGUCGUGAGGGAUCUGAAGCUGCUCAAUCGCGGCCAGGCGAGUCAAGAGCAGCUCUUCGCUUCUUCAUCCAACGACGCCUUCAUCCUCAUCAAUUCCCUCUCUCCAACGCGACGCCCUCCCAACAUCCCAACCAACGGCGGUCCACCGCUUCUGACCCUCGAGGGACACACAAGCAUCGUCUACUCUCUCGCCCUCCUGUCCACAGAGCCAAGUUCAGCUUACCAACUUCUAGUCAGUUCGUCAGAAGACGGCACCGUCCGGCUCUGGGACACAACCCUUCCCCACAACAACGAGGAGAAUGCCACACCUCGUCGAUUGGUUGAUACCAUCCCCCAUCCAGUCACGACCGUCUGGUGUGUAGACUCUCUCCCUCACUCCGGCGACAUUGUCUCAGGGAGCGAAGAUGGCGUUGUGCGCGUCUUUACGCAGAGGCCUAAGGGCGAAGGGGCUGGAGAAGAAGUCACGCAAGCAGAGCUGAACGAGUAUGAGGCCCGGUGCGCUGAGGUGGCCAAGAAGACUGGCAGACUCGGAGCUCGAGGUCAAGUCGUUGCUGUCGAGGGCAACGAAUCACUGCCAUCAAUCGCCACCCAGCAAAUCCAUCCAGUGGACGGCAAGACGUACGACUUUCUCCUCCCGAUCGACGUCAGCAACGACCAGCCUCACCUCAUCCUGGGUUUCAAUCGUGGCGAUGAUCCGCUUCGAGCGGCCAAAGACCUCAUCGCGCAGCAUCUUCUGCCGGAGAGCUACGAGGAGGAGAUAGUAGCCUUUAUUAGGCAGGUCUCUGGUGUGUGAUAGAUUCUGAAAAAGAUGACAUUUAAAAGUGCAAGGCGUGCUCGCGAGUGUGGCCUGUACUGAUGCUGAGAAGGAGAAAUAGAUGUACAUGUGUGGUUUGAGCCUCGGGCUCGACUUGCUUGAUCUUUGGCCAAGCGGUAUCGCUGUGUGGGUGAGAGUACGAAGAGACCGUGGAGAUGCUAGGCUACAUGUGCUUGAAGAGAGAGUCGUCGGAAUGAUGAUUUCAAU